AUGUCUAUCGCAUCAUCGAACCAACACUACAAGGUCGGCGUCCUUGUCUUUCCGGGCGCCGACAUCCUCGACUUUGCGGGCCCUAUGGAAGUGUUGUCCCAUGUCUCGCACAACCGCAACCCAGAUCGGCCUGACCGGAUGUUCGAUAUCUGCACUAUUGCUCGCAGGUCGAGCAUCCUUUCUGCGGGGUCUCUAACCGUCGCUGCGGAUUUGCUUCUCGACGAAGCCCUGGCCCAGAUUGCCGACUUCGAUAUACUCGUCGUCCCGGGUGGAUUUCCUGCAGUUCUGCAACCAUUGACUGACAACAAUGCUCCAGAACUGGAGAUUAUCCGCCAAUUUGCAGCCCUUCCUCCGCAAACCUCACAGAAACAGAGGGUCUUGUUCUCGGUCUGUACCGGUGCAUUCCUCGUCGGCGCUACGGGUAUUCUGUCUGGAAUCACCGUCACUACCCACCACCAAGGCCUCGAUGCGCUCGGGAAGAUAUGUGCCCAGGCUCAGGGUCCGGAGGUUCCACCCGUGAAUAUAGUGCAUAAGCGCUGUGUGGAUGGGGGAUAUCUGAAGGGAGGAGGUGUGAGGAUUAUCACCGCUGGGGGGAUUAGCUCUGGCUUAGAUGCCACUUUUCACCUUGUGCGCCUAUUGGCAAACAACGAAACAGCUUUGUUUGUUGCUCGACUGAUGGAGUAUGAUUGGAGUGAGUCAAAGGUUUGA